GUUUUGGACUUAUUUCUCUUCGGGCCCAAAAGCCCGUGCCUACCUUAAUGAAGCCCAAAUGGCUAAACCCUAGAGCCCAACAUCCAACCGCGGCUGCUACCUAUGCUCCUUCCCGUCGCGUUUGCCGUCUGGUGGUGCUCCGCCAUUCGCCUCUUCUCCUACUCCGUCUUUCACCGUCGUUCUGCUUUUCCCGUAUCUCCUCCAUUAGUCGUCGGUGGUGCUUCGUCUUCGCCUCUACUUCUUCUCCGCCGUGCCUUCUCCUUCCUUUCUCCCCUUCAGAUUCAGCUGCAUAACAGCAUAACUACGAUAACUGCUUCGGUACUGAUUUCUCUAAAAUAUGACAUGAUCCAAUCAACAAAUUCUCCAAACAGGGUGCAUUAAUAGAACAUUUAAGUAGUGUAAUCAUCAAAAUGCAAACUUUGUAGAAUUUUCGGAAGUAGUUUUCUAUUGUUGCAACUUCUCAAACACGGUCAACACAGACCUUGAAGUUCUAUCCAAGCUUGCUAGCACUACAACAAUAAGUGCACCAUGGUUGAGAGCUAUAUUAAAAGAAUAGAAUCGAUAUAUUUCAAAGUAAGAAGCUUAGUAUGCAAGACUUAAAUGGAAUGGAUCUAGCCUAGUCAAAUGGUAUGCACUAUGCACCCAUUUCUCCUUCGCAACUGAGAGGAGAACGCCUAUGAAUUGAAGCCAUUUGGAAGAUAAAAAGGGGGUCAAAUGUCAGCCAAUGAAAUUGGCCAAGUGUUCACUCCUGUUCUGUUUGUGUUAGACCUUAGGCGUGUUAGGAAGAGAAAUAGAAGAUUCAAAUGAGAAUUUAGAACCUAUUUCAACAGCAACGCUCCAUAUUAAUGAGGGUAUGGCCACUACGCUCACAAAGAGCAUUUUCAUUCUUACCAUCUCCACCAACACAAACCUCAAUCACAUUACAAGCAUGCUCAUCUUCCAAAUCUCUCACCAAAGCAAAACAGAUUCACCAGCAAAUCAUCAUCAAUGGCACACACCGCAACCCUUUCUUUGCGACGAAACUAAUCCAGCUUUACAUUGAUUGCGAUGACAUAUCUUCUGCAUUGUUCUUGCUCCAUCACCUGCACCCACCUAAUGUGUUCGCCUUCACCUCCAUCUUGCGGUUCUACUCCAGACAUGGGCAAAUGCGCCAAUGCAUAAGAACCUAUGUUGAUUUGAGGGUAAUGGGUGUUGUCCCAGAUGGUUACGUGUUUCCCAAGGUUUUAAAGGCAUGUGCUCAAUCUCGGUGGUUUGAAACCGGUGUUGCAGUGCACAAGGAUGUCAUCAUUUUCGGGUCAGAGUCCAACUUGCAAGCUCGCAAUGCUGUGCUGGAUAUGUACUCAAAAUGCGCAGACGUUCAGAGUGCUCAAAAGGUGUUCAAUGAAAUGUCUGAACGAGAUGUUUUUUCAUGGAAUUCAAUGAUGUCUGGGUAUGUGUCUAAUGGGUUGUUCGAGGAGGCUGUGCGACUGUUGGGAUUGAUGAGAGCAAGUGGGGAUUGCGAACCGGAUGUUGUGACAUGGAACACUAUGAUGGAUGCUUAUUGUAAGAUGGGGCUUUGCAGUGAGGCCUUAAGGGUCUUUCAUCAAAUUAAGGAUCCUAAUGUUAUUUCAUGGACAACAUUAAUUUCAGGUUAUGCUGGUGUUGGGAGACAUGAUCUUGCAUUGGGAACUUUUAGGGAUAUGGUUAAUUUUGGGAUGGUUUUGCCUGAUGUGGAUUCUCUUUCUGGUAUCCUUGUAUCAUGCAGGUUUUUGGGGUCCUUAACUAGUGGGAAUGAAGUGCACUGUUAUGGUGUCAAAGUCAUUUCCGGGGAUGCGUUUUACAAGUCUGCUGGUGCUGCUUUAUUGACUUUAUAUGCCAAUUGUGGAAGGCUAAAUGAUGCUGAAAAUGUAUUUGAUAGAAUGGACAAAUCUGAUGUUGUUACUUGGAAUGCCAUGAUUUAUGGGCUCAUUGAUAUGGGGCUAGCAAACGAGGCAGUUCAAUGUUUCAAGGAAAUGCAAGCAAGCAAUGUAAAAGUUGAUCAGACAACUGUAUCUACUCUAUUGCUUGCGUGUGACUUGAGACGUGGAAAAGAGAUGCACGCAUAUGUCUUAAAACACCGUUACAAUUGGGUAAUUCCUGUUUGUAAUGCACUAAUUCAUACAUACUCGAAAUGUGGAUGCAUUGCAUAUGCAUAUUCUGUGUUUUCCACCAUGGCUGUGAGGGACUUGGUUUCAUGGAACACAAUUAUCAGCGGAUUUGGAAUGCAUGGCCUUGGCCAAACUGUUCUAAAGCUUUUGCAAGAAAUGAGGGAUGCAGGCAUUAGCCCGGAUUCGGUAACAUUUUCAUCUGCCCUCUCGGCUUGCAGUCAUUCAGGACUUGUGAAUGAAGGGAUUGAACUCUUCUACAGAAUGAUAGAGGAAUUCAGCUUAAACCCAGCAAAGGAACACUUCUCUUGUGUUGUUGACAUGCUAGCUCGCGCUGGCAGGCUUGAAGAUGCUUUUCAUUUCAUUAACAAGAUGCCACUGGAACCAGAUAAACAUGUUUGGGGAGCUUUACUUGCAGCAUGCCAAGAGCACCAAAAUGUUAGCGUUGGCAAACUGGCUGCUGAAAAAUUGAUUGAUUUAGAACCUCAAGAAGCUGGUCAUUAUGUGACAUUGUCCAAUAUAUAUUCANGAAGCUAUCAGGACAUAGUUUAGUUGGCACUCAAAGUUAGUGAUGAAGACGACUCAAUCAAAUAAAAAUUUUGAUCUUUCAUCAGAAAAGCAUUACAAAGCAUUACAACGUAGUUUUCAGUUGUUCGCUAAGAAAAUGUUGUAAGGAGCAUUUAGGUGUUGGAUGAUGAAAAUUACACCCCUAAUUUUUUCAUUGCCACUUUGGAGUAAAACAACACAGAAUUGGAUAAGUGCAGGAUCUAUAACAUUGUGGAGGUCCAGACAGCUUGAUCGAUGGUAGCUGAGUUGCGUUUAAAUUGAUCAAAUAAUUAUUUACGCUGACAAAUGCUGUUGAUAUCUCAUGCCUUUUGUAUGUAUCAUUCUUGUAGUAGGAAUUUUGGAAUACCUGUAUAACAACCCCUUUUUGAGUUAUAGAAAUCACCAGCUGUUAGGAGCUUAUGGACCUGCAUUCAAAUAAAUUGUAGCUUCUUAUUUUCUUUUAUUGUAAUAGAAAGUUUAGCCUAUGGCCGCUAAAGCUUUACUUCUGCUUCUAAA